GAUCCACUUCACGGAGUCGUCCCAGCGGCCCCGGUCCCGGCGCGCCGCGCGGUGCACGAGGCCCAGCGCCGCGUCGAGCAUCUUCGAGAUGCGCUGCUCCAGCAGGAUCACGCGGUCGUCGCCGACGAGCAGGUCAAGGGCCUCGCGGCCCAGGAGGAGGCCGCGGCGCGCGAGGGCGCGACGCGCACGGCGUCGGGCCUCGUCAUCGAGCACGUCAAGGAGGGCGCGGGCCCGCAGCCGACGGCCGCGUCGACGGUGUCGGUGCACUACGUCGGCACUCUCGUCGACGGCACGGUCUUCGACAGCUCGCGGGCCCGGGGCGAGCCCGCGCAGUUCGCCGUCAAGCAGGUCAUCGCCGGCUGGCAGGAGGCGCUCCUCCUCAUGGCCGAGGGCGGCACGGCCAAGCUCACGAUCCCCGCGGACAUCGCCUACGGCGACGCGGGCAGCGGCGACAAGAUCCCCGGCGGCGCCACGAUCUGCUUCGAGGUCGAGCUCAUCAAGGUCCUC